AUGUCACCCAUAUACGGCUGGACUCCUGGCCAAGACUCCUCGCCCAUCACGAUUCUCACCAUUGCAGGUGUCGUCCUACUCCUCAACUUUGUCUGUUUCACUCUCGGCUGGGCACUGGGCCGUCAAUCUCCGGAGAGCGUAUCGCACGAAAAGAUCGUUCUGCGCUCCAGAUUGGAGUUGCUGGAGGUCCACAAUGGCUGUGUCGGCUAUUCGCCUGGCACCAUUGGGCAAGGAAAGUCAAAGAUGACAGGCGGGAGUGAGGCCUCGACUGUAGUGGCGAGUAGACCGAUGAGAGCAACUGAGAAGAGCGAUGCGAUCGAAAUCGGAACGAUUGAGGGGUCCAGAACGACUGAGACGAACUAUCAAACCAUCGGCAUCGAGCAGGUAGAGACGCAUCAGGCUGAGGAGAGAUCUACAGUAUCACAGUCUAAGAACAAGAAGACUCCAGAAGAGCGGAAAGCUCGUCUCAAGCUGCGUAUGCUGGAGAUCCAGCGUGCCAUGAGUAUUUUCGACCGGAGACCAGCUAUAGUUGGCGAGGAACCAGAUAUAAGGUUGGUUUUCAAGGGUGAGUCGCAGACGAAGAAGUGCUCUACAUGCAGGAAGUGGGAUGUAAAUCUACAAAGGGCAAUGGGAGAAGAAUUCGGCAAAAUCGGGCGCGAGAUGGAGGUGUUGGGACAUCAGGUGGGGAUCAAUGAUAAGGGGAAAUUGUUCCUCAAAGCGAAGAGGGACGAGGGAGAGGAGUCAAAGAAGCAGGAGUGA